AUGAUCCUGACUAAUUUGCCUUCUUUGUUCUCACCCUUAACAGCUUCCGGCUCAAGACGGUCUGAGAAGCCGCCCUAUUCCUACAUUGCCCUUAUUGCCAUGGCGAUUCAGGCCUCUCGCGAUAAACGCUGCACACUAAGCGAAAUUUACCAGUACCUCCACAACCGGUUCUCUUUUUUCCGCGGCCCCUAUACCGGCUGGAAGAAUUCGGUGCGGCACAAUCUCUCUCUGAAUGAGGUAUUCAUCAAAUUGCCGAAGGUACUUUUAAGCAUAUCUAAUGACAGAGUAAAGAAAGAGCAGCUGGCAACGGUACUGCAGUGCAAUUCAUCAGAGACCAUCUCUAAUUUGACCCAAGUUGAGGUCUCUCGCGAUCAAAAAUGGACCAUCUUGCCCUUAACAGUUGGUAAGGGUAGGAAGUCAAUGGCCAGCUUCUUCAUCGGAUAG